AGAUACGAGGAAGGGAAGGAUUUAUUGGUAAAUGACAAUGAUUCAUGAAUCCAAUGCUCAUUUUGUACUUGCAACUACCAGUUGCUUAAAGGCGAAGCAUAUAGCUGAGUUGGCCCCAAAAUUUGGAAGAAGCCGAAGUAUAGUUACUGAUAAUAACAAUACAGUUCUUAAAUUGCUAAUCUGUUUUAACUGCAAUCACCUACCAGCAUCAAUCGGAUGUUAUAUUCUUAGAGUCAAGACGUUCUCUUAGCAACUGCCUGGCAAUUUCCCAUGAAAAGCUCGUCUUAAUCUUUCUGUGUGACAAGAUCUUAUAAGUUGGAUAUUGCUCUGGACGCCAAGUCAUUCCUUAGUCUCCUUAACACUGAGCAAAGGGAAAAUCUCCAAACAUGUUCUCUCUAUCCUUCAGCACUGCAGUUGUGUCAGGUAAUAUGGAACGGCCACGUUCUAGCAGACUUGGUGCUGAAAUUUUGUAUGCCUUGCAAAAACUUAAGGAGAUUCUGCAGCAGAAGAAUAUGCAAUUUGCGUUGUUUGAGUUGGAUGUGCACUCCUCAAAAAACAAUCUUUCUGCUGCUAAGAAUUUGAAGAGUAAUGCAGGUAGCAGCAAGCUUGGAGCGGAUGAUGCAGUUGAAGAAAAGGAAGAAGGCAUGCAUAAGGUACUAAACAGUAAAAAACUGUUAGCACAGUCAAGGUCAUCUAGUUCGAAUCGAGUAGAAAAGAUGUCGCUAGAGAAUUCUUCUAGAGGUAAGGUUUAUCUUAAUUCUGACGAAGGCAAACAAGUUGUGCAGGGUAGUGAAAUCGAACAACUAAGCAAGCGAUUGAAGUUUCUUGAAGAAGAAAGCAAGAUAAUGAGGCAAGAGUUUUUGGAACAAGUGGAAGAAAAGGAAAAAUUGGUGAAAGAGAUAUACAAGCAGUUCCAAACUAUAUACCGUUGCCUUUAACUUGAAAAUCCAGUGUAUGGAGAGAGAUUUUCAUGAAUCUUUAAUUGCCAACCCUUGUCAGGUACUUGUACUUUUUUUCCUUAAUAUUAAGCAAUUCUUGAAUGUUUCUA